CUCGCGAAAAGUUUCAAUCUGGAGUGCCGCUUGUUUCAAACCACGCCCCCCCCCCCCACCUCCUCAUUCCAAAUCUAGGGUUUCCGAUCGAAAUCAUCAUCCGCCGCCGCCGCCGCAUCCGGAGAUAAUGUCGGCCAGCGCCGAGCCCGAGAAGGACGCCGCCGCCGAGGGCGAGGAGAAGGCGGAGGCGAAGGGUAGCGGCUCCGGCGGGGAGCUGCUGUACUGCGGCGGGACGAGCUUCGACACCAUGGGCCGGAAGGUGGUGGGCGGGCAGCAAGGCAACCUGGUGUCGCCGACGCGGUUGCGGCCGCUCGUGGGCGUCGACAUCCGCUUCGUCGCCUCUGGCUGCACUGCUUGCCAUUGUGUUGCUUUGGAUACUGAAGGCCGAUGCUAUACAUGGGGUCGCAAUGAGAAGGGGCAGCUAGGGCAUGGGGAUACCCGUCAGCGUAACCUGCCAACUGUUGUUUCCCAACUAUCAAAAUACAAAACCGUUAAAGCAGGUGUUGGAAGAAACCAUACAGUGGUUGUAACUGAUGAUGGGAAAUCCUUCUCUUUCGGCCACAAUAAGUACGGACAGUUAGGGACGGGCUCCUUAAGGAAUGAAAUCGAGUCAUCACCAGUGCCCUGUCUUGUUGCUGAAGCAACUAAUGCUGUAUGUGGAGCUGAUUUUACUGUCUGGUUGUCAUCAGUCGAAGGCUCUUCUAUACUUACAGCAGGGCUUCCCCAAUAUGGUCAACUCGGGCAUGGAACUGACAAUGAGUACAACGCUAAAGAGGGAUCUGUCAAGCUGACAUAUGAUCCUCAGCCCCGUCCAAGAGCAAUAGCUGCAUUAUCUGGGAAAACUAUAGUCAAAGUUGCAUGUGGAACUAAUCACACAGUUGCAGUUGAUUCAAGUGGCUUUGUUUACACCUGGGGUUUUGGUGGAUACGGAAGGUUGGGUCACAGAGAACAAAAGGAUGAAUGGCAACCUCGCCUUGUAGAAGUGUUCCAGAAGCACAACGUUCUGCCUCCUAAUGCUAUUGUCUCAGCUGGUUCUGCAAGUUCUGCAUGCACUGCCGGUGGUGGACAGUUGUACAUGUGGGGAAAGUUGAAGAAUACAGGCGAUGACUGGAUGUACCCAAAGCCAGUAAUGGAUUUAAGUGGUUGGAACAUUCGCUGCAUGGCUUCUGGUAACAUGCACCACGUUGUUGGUGCAGAUGAUUCUUGCAUAAGCUGGGGUGUCGCCGUGCAUGGAGAGCUUGGUUACGGGCCUAAUGGGCAGAAGUCAUCUGCAAAUCCGAAAAAGGUUGACAUUCUUGAAGGAAUGCAUGCUACAAGUGUCGGUUGUGGAUAUGGACUGUCUCUGAUUGUUGUGGAUAGAGUGAAUGCUGGUGAUCAACUUGAUCAGCUGGAAAUUUAUGAUGGUGAUACCUCCACUCAAGAUGAUUUUGAAUCUAUCACUGCAGUAGAGGUGGAGGUGCAAGUAACCAAGAAGGCAUCUUCCAACACCAAUUCUCGCGCCAAUAAGCGCAAGCAGAGCAAGGAUCUAUCCGAAUCGGAAGAAGAAGAAGAUGAUGAUGAUUAUGGGAAUGAAAGUGGAGAUGAUGAGAAUGGAGAAAUAGAAGAGGCGAAAGGUAGGCGUGGCCGCAAACCCUCUAAUAGAGGGAGAGGCAGAGGAGCCAAGAAGGCAACUCCUGAGCCAAAGCCAUCUGGAAGGGGCAGAGGACGCCCUAAGAAAUCUGAGAGUCCUGCUCAGAAAGCUGGAAGCUCGGGACGUGGUGGAAAGAGAGGAAAGCGAGGAAGACCACGGAAGUGAUCAUCUGAUGCACAAUAAGGUGUUGAAAUCGGAUCAACUGAUCACUAACACCUGAUGUGAUCCAGCCAUUGAAGAGUGCUUCAUUUUGUGAGCAAUGCUUCCUGCCCCCUCUCGCUGACUGCUGCCAUUCAAAGAACCUCUCCUUUUUUUUCUUUUCCAAAAUUGAGUGUGCCGCGUCUGAUGAUGAGUGUAGAAAUGCUUAACCUGUACAUCUGUGUUCUUUAUUGAUUAGUUAAUCUCGCAUUGGAUCUUAGGUUAUUUUGGACCCCUCAACAGUGAUGUAUCCUGUUCAA